AUGAAUUUGAAUUUUCCAGAUAUUCCGGAUGGGCGCGAAGUUAAUGAAAUUCGGGGUGGAAUUGUAAUCAUAUUUUUUGUUGCAGUGGGGUGUGACAACUGGCAGGAGUGGUGGACUUACGACGGAAUUUCAGGUCCAGGCUAUUGGGGACUCAUGAAUCCUCAGUGGAAUAUGUGUUCAAAGGGCCGUAGACAAUCUCCAAUCAAUGUGGAACCUGAUAAGUUGCUUUUUGAUCCCUACCUCAGGCAUAUUCACCUAGAUAAACACAAAGUAAGCGGUAUGUUGCACAAUACAGGACAAUCAUUGGUCUUUCGCGUAGACAAAGACACAAAGCAGCACGUCAACAUAUCGGGAGGCCCAUUAGCGUAUCGAUAUCAAUUCGAGGAAAUAUACAUACACUACGGAAUGGAGAAUCAGCUGGGAUCUGAACACUAUAUCCACGGAUAUUCCUUCCCAUCCGAGAUUCAGUUGUAUGGUUUCAAUAAAGAAUUAUAUCACAAUAUGUCAGAGGCACAGCACAAAUCGCAGGGAGUUGUUGCAAUCUCGUUGAUGGUCCAGAUUGGUGACACGCCAAAUCCCGAGCUGAGGAUCAUCACGAGUGUUUUCAACAAGGUCCAGUACAAAGGCGCCUAUAUUCCCAUAAAACAUCUAUCCCUAAGAAGUCUCCUGCCAGACACAGAACACUUCAUGACGUACGAGGGCUCGACGACGCAUCCCGGAUGUUGGGAGACCACCGUUUGGAUCAUCCUUAAUAAGCCCAUUUAUAUUACCAAGCAUGAGCUAUACUCAUUGCGGAAAUUAAUGCAAGGAUCUGAGGAGGCGCCGAAGGCUCCCCUGGGAAAUAACGCCCGUCCCGUUCAACCCCUACACCAAAGAACUAUUCGGACAAAUAUUAACUUCAGAAACUCCGAGAAUGCCAACUGUCCUUCCAUGCACAAGGAGAUGUAUUACAAAGCUAAUAAAUGGUCUCCGAGCGUGAAAGAGCACCCCUUUCACACCCUGCAUUCGUUACAUUGAAACGCAAGGAAUCCUUGGAGGAUGGCCAUCGUCCUCGAGCUCUUUCGUGUAAAUACAAACGGAACAGACACAUAUUUGUGAUAUGUAUGCAAUAAUGACCAAAGUGUUAGUGCUACCGCGACGUGAGAUAACUGAUAAUAGGAUUCAGGGAGGCUGAUUUGAGAUGCAUCAUCAAACACUUCUGUUCGAAAUAAAAGUCAGUAAUCGGGUACAUGUUAGUUGGAAAUAACAUAUAUGAAAUUUUAUCACACUCAGGUGUAUAAAAACCGGUACCUUGAAAUGUUAACAAAUUUUGACAUCGAAUAACUUCUUUAUUUUUGGUCCUAUUACGACAAUUUUCUUCAAUUUAUAGGAGGAUCUAUCCCAGGU